UCCAUUUGCGGCAGUAGUGCGCGACAGCACCAGCGUUUACGGCGCAUGUGGAUUCUGUUCGGUUGGGCUCCAGCAUGGCGAAAGUUUCUAAGAUCAGAAAGUCUAAAAAGAGGUCCAAGGUGGCGGGGAGCAGCUCGAAGAAGCCGCCGGUAGUUUAUGAUGAUGAGCAAGAGGAGGACGUGUGUGGAGCUGAGGAAGACGUCAGCAGCGAGGAGGACGACGGCGAAGAUGAACGAAAACGCCAAAAGCUGCUGGAAGCCAUCGGCGCCCUCGGGGGUAAGAGGAAACACGCCCUGGCAGAGCGAUCAGAGGCGGCCGUUCACAUGUCCGAGUUCUCCAUGACCGCGGACGAUGAGGCCGACCUGUCGGACCUGAUUGGAACCAUAGAGAAGACCCCCGCCGCCACGGCCCAAACCAAGAAACAUCUGAAGAAUCUGCAGCGCAGCAAAAAUACCGUCGAGUGUCCUCUGAGCAAACAGGAGAACGAGAGGAUCCAGAGAGACGUGGCUUUCCAGAAGGCUGCUUUAGAGGUGAGCCGCUGGCAGAGCAUCAUCACCCAGAACCAGAGGGCCGAGCAGCUGGUCUUCCCUCUCAACCAAGAACCGUCUGGGCCCAAACCCAUAGAGCAGGUGGUGAUGGGCUGGGAGGCUCGCACUCCGCUGGAGAAGGAAAUCUUCUCCCUGCUGGCUGCUAACAAGCAGCCCAUCCUCGAUGCAGUCCUGACCCCUGCUGAGGAGGCUUCGGUGAAGGCCAUGGACCUGGAGCAGGUUAAGAUCCGCCGUGCAGAGCGACAGAAAGCCCGGGCUCUGCAGUCCUACUACGAGGCCAAAGCCAGAAGGGAGAGAAAAAUCAAAAGCAAAAAGUACCACAAGGUGCAGAACAAGGCCAAGCGAAAAGAGUUUGUGAAGCAGUUUGAAGAGCUGGUGAAGACGGAUCCAGCUGCUGCCCUGGAGGAGCUGGAUAAGAUGGAGCGGGCCCGGAUGCAGGAGAGGAUGUCUCUGAAGCAUCAGAACAGCGGCAAGUGGGCCAAAUCCAAAGCCAUCAUGGCCAAGUAUGAUGAGGGCGCUCGCAAAGCCAUGCAGCAGCAGCUGGAGGUCAACAAAGACCUCACCCAGAAACUGGUGACCUCACUGAGUAAAGAGGAGGAGGAGGAGGAGGAGGGAGAAGGUAACACAGACAUGCUACCUGACUUUGUGAAUGAUGCAGAGUUCAAGCAGGAUUCCUCCAACCCUUGGAUGAGGGGGAGACUUUCUGAAGACCCCACAGAGAUGGAGUUGAAGGACACCAUGGAUGUGACUGCAGAAGGAGCUUCAGCAGUGACUAAGGAGGCUGAGGAGGAGGAGGGGAGUGAGGCAGAGGGAACAGAAGAGGAUGCACUCCUUAGGGAGUUUGACAGCAGGAGGAAGCAACGUCAGGACCAGGAGUCUGAUACCUCAGCUGUCAUUGUUAAUGAUGGUGAUGACGGGGUGGAAGAGGAUCAGGUGACUGAAGAUAAAGUAGCAGAGAUCUCCGACGAGGAAGAGGAGGGACUUUCAGAAUUCACCAGAAUGUACAGAGGAAUAGGGAAGAGCCUGGAAAAGGAUGCAGGCAGCAAAGAUGGUUCAGCUGAGCUGGAGGAGGGGCUGAUGAGGAUCAGGUCUGUGGACGACGUGGAUCUUCUCCCUCAGGAGACGCCCACUGAGCCCCAGCAGGCCCCCACCCCCCAACACCAGAAGUCUGCAGAGCAGCAGCCGAGCAGAAGCCGAAAAAGGAAGAAGGGCAUAGAGCUGAGAGAGGUUCUGACCAAAGAGACAAAAGUCAUCAAAGUCCCACUCGCUCCAACCGUCACAGACUCAGAAGAAAAGCUGGACCAGAGGGUCCUCAUUGAGGAGGCGUUUGCUGGAGAUGAUGUCAUCUCAGACUUUGCCAGAGAGAAGAGGAAACGGGAGGAUGAAGGGAAGCCAAAGGUGAUAGACCUGACGCUGCCUGGCUGGGGAGAGUGGGGAGGGCUGGGUCUCAAGCCAUCUAAAAGAAAACGCAGAAGGUUCAGGAUCAGGACUGAGGUGCCUCCACCCAGGAAGGACCAGCAUCUUCCCAGUGUCAUCAUCUCUGAGAAGAGGAACAGCGCCAUCACCCCCCAUCAGGUCAGCUCACUGCCAUUCCCCUUUGAGAACCCUGCACAGUUUGAGAGCAGCAUCCGCACUCCCCUGGGCCGCACGUGGAACACGGAGCGGACCGUGAAGAAGAUGACCAAGCCCAGGGUGGUCACCCAGCUGGGUGCCAUCAUCGAGCCGAUGGCUGAUGAGCAGCUGCUUAAGGGCAAGAAGAAGGUUUCUGCUAGGAGACGCUCUCGAAACACCAAGACUAGGACACAACCAGCUAAAUAAACCUUCAGACAGAGCAUAGGUCUCGCUGCUGUGCUGCUGACUCAGACAUGAAGAAACCACAGAUUUAAAACCGGAGCAGAAACCGUGUUUUCCCUCCAUCCUGUUAAAUCUAAACUAAAUCUAAAGAGUUGAUAAAAAAGCUGUGAGGAUGUGGACUCGGUGAGUGAUCGUUAUUGAAGCUAACUCUGAUCUCCUGCAGCUUGUUUUCUGUCACGCAGCAGCUCGUGUCUCUCCAGGCUGGCUGCAGAGCUUCUCAGCUGUCACGUUCAUGUGGACACCACCACUCAGGGUUGUGUGUGCAGAUCUAUUAAAGAACAAGAUGACUUUAAA